GGGAAGUAGUGUUGACGUGUGAAAUCGUGAGUGAGUCGGAAGGUUGUGCGCGACUGUUCCCCUGGCUAUCUGAGUGUGUGAGGCUCCUCUAGGCACUCUGGGGCACCACCUGGCACUCUUGGGAUGUCUUUGACGAGGGCUGAGGUGGUGCAAGGCUCUCCCUACGCCGCCUCACCGCCCCCGCCCUGAGGCCACCCUCCUUCAAGCUUGGGCUGUUUGUUUGGACGCCCCAGCUGAACCUCCUACCCUCUCUGCAGCCUCCCAGCCUCGUCACACCUCUACCUCAUUACUUAACAUACCUGCCUUGCUUCACCUGAUCCCUACCCACUCCCAGGAUCCCAUAGCCCCUCCACUCCUAGGACAUCUUCUAUCAGACUCCUUCAUUGCCACUUCACAUCCUCCAGUCCUCUGUAAGUCCAGCCACAUCCUUUCCGCCUGUCACAUCCCACCGUCAAACCACCAACUCCUCCAUCAUGCCGGCCCCAAUGCCUGUAGGGGGCCUCACCAUGGCAUCCUUCGCCUUCACAGCUGCUGUCAUCGGCAACGCCUACUACCAGAAGCGCCAGUUCUAUCCCUCGGUGGUGUACAUCACGAAGUCAAACCCCAGCAUGGCGGCCAUAUAUCUGCUUGCCUUCACACUGGUCAUCUUACUUGGCAAGUUACUCAAGAAAGUGUUCUUUGGCUCCCUAAGGGCAGCUGAAUUUGAGCAUUUGGUGGAACGAUCCUUCUAUGCAGUCACAGAGACCUGCCUGGCCUUCACUGUGUUCAGGGAUGAUUUCUCACCCAAGUUUGUGGCACUGUUUACGGUGCUACUUUUCCUCAAGGCCUUCCACUGGCUGGCUGAUUAUAGAGUGGACUUCAUGGAGCGCUCACCUGUCAUCACCCUUCUCUUCCAUACCAGAGUGUCAUCCCUGUUGCUGCUACUGAGCCUCCUGGAUCUUGUGCUGGUAAACCAUGCUUAUCACUCUACCAUCACACGUGGUGCCUCUGUCCAGCUGGUGUUUGGCUUUGAAUAUGCCAUCUUGCUGACGGUGGCCUUCAACAUUGCUGUGAAGUACAUUUGUCACACGGUGGAUCUGCAGUCACAGAACCCCUGGGAAAAUAAAGCCAUGUAUUUGUUAUAUACUGAACUCAUCAUGGGCCUCUUCAAAGUGGUGCUGUACCUUAUUUUCCUGUUGAUAAUGAUCCGUAUCCACACCUUCCCGCUCUUCAUCAUCAGACCCAUGUACCUGACCAUGAGAUCAUUCAAACGAGCCCUCAACGACGUGGUGCUGUCUCGCCGUGCUAUCAGCAACAUGAACACACUAUACCCUGAUGCCACACCCGAGGAGCUGACAGCUGUGGAUAAUGUGUGCAUCAUCUGCCGGGAGGAGAUGCUGACAGGUGCCAAGAAGCUCCCCUGUGGCCACAUCUUUCAUGCCUCCUGCCUGCGGUCCUGGUUCCAGCGACAGCAGACAUGCCCCACUUGCCGCAUGGACAUCUUGCGCCAGCCACCCCAGACCCCAGCUCCCCCACCCCCUCAACCUCAACCACAACCUCAGGCUCAGCCCCCACCACCACAGCCUCAGCCACAGGGACAGCAACAGAUACCAAAUCCCUUUGAAAGGCUGUUUGGUGGCUUCCACAUGCCUAUGGGGCCCAUGCAGGUUGGAGUUCCUCCAUUCCCCUUCCCUGCAGCACCUGGGCAACAGCCUCAACCACAGCCAGCCACCAGUUCGGCCACAGCUGGUUCUGCCACCACCACUCCUGCAGCAGGUGCUGGUGGUAGUGGCAGCAACAGCAACACAACAGCUUCCACCACUACCACCACCACUACAAGCAGCAGCAGCAGCAGCAGUACCACCACCAGCAGUAGUAGCUUCACUUCCACUGCCACCAAUCAACCAGGGGCCAGCAUUCCUGCCCCUCCACUUGGCAUGAUGCCGCCAUUCUUCCCAUUCAUACCAUUCAAUAUUCCUCCCCCUCGGCCGCCUCCCAACUUCUCGGCCAUGACAGACGAGGAGGUGCGGCGGAUGGAAGGCUCCGAGCGGCAACAUGUGGAGGCACGAGUGAGGGUCUUACGGAACAUACAGACCCUCCUGGAUGCUGCUGUAGUCCAGAUGAACCAGUAUGCUUCAGUGGUUGCCUCUCUCGACAUGGCCACAAGUGAUGCUUCCACCACUAGGACCUCAUCUUCAAAUGCAGAGCAGACACAGUCAACCCAAAGUGGGACAGAGGCUGCCCAGGCUGCUGCUCCUAUGUCCCCUGCCACCACUGAACCCACACCAUCAACCUCAGGGCAUAAGCACACAGCUCCCCAAGCAGAGGAUAAGGCAGGGAGCAGCAAGACAUCAGAGAAACCUCAAGUUUCAUCACCACCAACCCAACAGGUGGCAGAGGAGGAUGACCAGCAGCAGGAGAUCAGGAGGAGACGGCUGGAGAGGUUCUCUUAAGGAUGCUUAGUGACAGUGUAUAUAGCCUGGAUUCCACUCUUCUCAUCUCUCUGCUCUUGUUUGAAGGGAAUAUCUUUUUUUUUGUUUGUUUCCUAUUCAGCAUUGUCAUUGAAAAAUUAUCCUUUAUUAUGAUGAACUGGUUUAAAGGACAUGUGCUCAUGUAUUUCACAGUGAAGCAUUUGAGCCAAAGGAGAUUUUUUUUUUUUCCACAAGUGUUUUGUGCACCCCUGAGGCCUGCGGCAGUGCUCUUAGGGACAGGAUAUAUCCUAUCCUCCACUUUCUCCCCCACCCCAUUUAAUUUUUUUUUUUUUUCCCUAAGAAUUUUUUUUUUCUUUUUUGCUUGUGUUGCAAAGUAAUUAAAGUAUAUAUAUAUACAUCUGGGUUUUGUGUGUAAGCGUCAAACUGCAUUGUGUGUGUGUGUGUGUGUGUGCGUGUGCAUGUGUGUGUGCGCACGCGUGCGUGUGUGCGCAUGCACGCACAUACAUGUACACACACGUAAGUCACUGUUAUACAUCUAUGUGUGUACUAACAGCAGAAAGAGUGAAUGGAAACCUUUGUUGUUUAUAAACAAGCAUUCAUAUUUGAGGACCUUUACUUAGUCAAGUUUAUUGCAGAAUAUUUUGAAGCUCAUGAAGUGUGUGUGUGUGUGUGUCUCUGUAUGUGUGCACGUGCGUGUGCGCGCACAUGUGUGCGUGCAUGGAUGUAUGUGUGUAUGUUGGUGCCCAACAUUUCUGGAAAAGAUUCAUGUGGAGGUACUUUAGGGGGAAGGUUUAUUAAAGAUUGGGAAAUAAAUAUACAAUCACUAA